UCCGCCAUGUCGGGGCGGCUGCAGGCCUUGCGGGCGGCUCGGGAGGAGCUGGGAAUGGGCCGAAAAUGCCGUUUGCCGGCGGGCAGAGCCUUGCAGCUGGCAGGGGAGGUGCUGGCGGUUGCAGCAGGGUUGAAACCGGCUUUGCUUUGCGAUUGCGGGGCGGCGGGCGUUGCGGAGUGGAGGCGGUACCUGGGCAGGCUGAGGGAGGCCGGGCUGCUGCGGGGCUCGCUGCAUCUGCUGCGUUUGGGGGGUUCGGCCCUGGUGCUGCGCCCCGAGCUCGCCCAGAGGAGGGUGGGGGCCGUGCUGUGUGCCCACCCUGCGCCCUUCAUCGAUGUGUCUGCGGCGAGGAGGAGCCCGGCUCUCUGCGGGCAAGAGGAAGCUGAAGCCAUCAGGGGCCACCUCGCUGUGCUGCUUGGCCACCUAAGGGCUACCUGCCCCAUGUCCUCCAUCCCUGCGUCCUCCAGCCCUGCAUCCUCCAUCCCUGCGUCCUCCAGCCCUGCGUCUUCCAGCCCUGCGUCCUCCAUCCCUGCAUCCUCCUUCACUGCAUCCUCCAGCCCUGCUCCCUGCAGCCUCACAUCAUCCUGCUCCGUGCCUACCAACCCUACACCCUGCUGCCGCAUGUCCACUUGCUCUGUGCCCUCCAUCACCACAUCCUCCACCCCCAUGCCCUGUAACACUGCAUCCUCCAACCCUAUGCCCUCUAACGCCAUGUCCUCCAACUCUGUGCCCUCUAACGCCAUGUCCUCCAACUCUGUGCCCUCUAACGCCAUGUCCUCCAACCCCAUGCUCUCUCAUGCCAUGUCAUCCAGCCCUACAGCCUCGCACUCCACGUCCUCCAACCCCGUGCUCUCUAAUGCCACAUCCUCCUGCCCCACAUCGUCAGGCUCCGCAGCCUCCUGCCCCACAUCCUUCAACUCCGCGUCCUCCAGCUCUGUAUCUUCCAGCGAGGUCGUCCCCACGGGCUGGAACCUCUGCACCAUUGUUGGGGUGCUGCUGGGCUACCCAGCAGCGUACACCUUCGCCACAGAGGAGGGUGGUGAGAACUGCCUGGCAAUGACGCUGCUGAGGGUGUUCACGGUGCAGGCUGCCUGCCCCAGGAUAAAGGACGGUCUUGUGGUCCAGAUCUACUCUUUCAGCAUCCCAGAGAGCCUCUGCACGGAGCUGAAGGAGCUGCUGGAUGCCUGGUGUGAGGAGCUGAAGGAGGCUUUCCGCGUACAGAGCGACUUUGUGGAUCUACGCAUUUUGAGUGAGGUGGUGUCUCUUCCAGCAGUUGCCUUGUGAAAGACAAGAUUUCUGGGCUGAUUUCUCCCGUGGGUCAGGAACAGAGGGGAGAGAUCUGGUUCCUGUGUGUUGCAGCUCGAGGUGCCUGAGGACUAAAAGCGGAAUUGUGACAAACUUGGGCCCUGACCUCGUAGCCCGAGUGCAGAUCAAGGAUGUGAGCUUCCCAGACGAGCGAUGCAUGGAUGUGCACACACAGCUGCCUUGCAGCCUUGAGACUGAGUGCCUGUAAGGUCAUGGUGUAUUUAUUUGCAAGCAACUGAGUAUUAAUAAAAG